AUGGCUCAUCGGACGUGCACAACACCAACAGUUUCUGAAUCAGCACCUGUUAGUCAAAACGCAUGCAUGAGUGAAGAUAGUAAACAGAGUGUCCGAAGGCCACCAAUUUUGUUUUUGGCUUUGCUUAUUCUUUUAAUCAAUGGCUCUUGGGCUGUUUACCAUUUCCAAUUUAAGGUGCUGCCAGUGCCACUUUCUGCCAAACAGGCUGGUAAAAGGGGUUUCUCAGAGGAACUAGCCAUGCAGCAUGUCAAAGCUUUGACAAAGCUAGGUCCUCAUCCUGUUGGUUCAGAUGCUCUUGACCUCGCAUUACAGGUUUGUUUAUGCUUAUAAGUUUUACUUCCAGUCAAGUCCGUAGGCUCUGUCCAAAAGUUUUGCGUAUCUUCUUUGAAGUUAUGCAUCUGUGGGUUAUUUAUUUAUUUAUGUUGUUCCAUUCCUGCAUUUUGACCUGAACAGAAGUAUCAUGCUCUUAAGCUAGGUUCGGUGACUCACCUCCGUGGAUAAAACACUUGGAACAUUUUUUUCUAAAAGAAACCUGAGAUUGGAGAUAUUGUGCCGCCAUGAUUUUUCCAAUGUGCACCUGAGAUUGGAAAUACUGUGCCGCUAUGAUUUUUCCAAUAUGCACCUGAGAUUGGAAAGUCACUUUGGUGGACUCUGGUUUCUAAAAAUUCCUAGUGAUCUCAAGGUUUGAUCCUUCUUGAUAAGUUACUUUGAGUGGUUAGCUCAUUCAUAUGUGCAUCAGAUUAACAGGCCAGUGUCAGGUUAUUCAAUCUUAAGGUUGUCUGUAAGUGUGCUAUAAGCUUAGGCAACUUGCACAACUCUUUCUCAGAAUUUCUUGAUUCAUGUGAAUAAGAAUGAAGUGGCAUUGUCAUUUGGUGAUGGAAAAGUGAAAGAAGAAUAUUUUGAAAAAUAGGCAAGGCUUUUAUUCUAGGAUUGGAGAGAAUAAGUUCCAUUGAGUUUCUGUUCUCUUCGCAACUAAUUUUGGAAAUCCUUACACAAUGUGGAAAAAAUUUCCAUUCAUUUUGAUAAAUAAGCACUUGAUUUUUUUGUCAUGUUUGCUUCUAAAUUUUUCCAACGUCUCGUUUCUGUCGCACGUGAAAUGAUGCACGAUGCAUCAUUUGGGUAUAUAUGGGCAUAACUGAUGUACAUUUUUAGUUGAUCAAUACUCAGUAACGUUACUCACUUCUCUUUAACAUGUUUUUGGAGCAGUAUGUCCUUGCAGCGUCAAACAAAAUCAAAGAAUCAGCUCAUUGGGAAGUUGAUGUUGAAGUUGAUCUCUUCCAUGCAAAAAUUGGUGCGAAUCGUCUUGUCAAGGGUCUUUUCAAGGGGAAAACACUUGUUUACUCAGAUCUGAAGCAUGUGGUUCUAAGAAUCUCGCCAAAGUAUCUCCCUGAAGCAGAAGAAAGUGCAGUUCUGGUAUCUUCUCAUAUUGACACAGUUUUCUCGACGUAUGUAUCAUAAAUUUUUCUGGCUAAAGUUAUUUUCGCCACAAAAUCUUAAUUGGCUUGAGUACAUAUGAAUAGCUGAGCUAAAUAUUGAUUAAAUAUUAGAAUGGCGUUAAGAUGAUAUAUUCUACGUGGUAUUUAGGAUACCAUUUUUUGCUCCACAGUCCACUAUUUCGGACAAAACAAGUGGAACGCACUAGAGAGCUUGUGGCAGAGAGUGAUCCAAAACCAGAGACAAGGCUACCCAAUAUUUAUCAUUCAUCAAUGACAUUAUUUUCCGUAGUAAUUGGAAAUUGUAGUUUGUCAUGUGAGCGUUUUUUUCCCUUGCGACAGAUUGAUGUAUUUUUGUGCCAUCUUUCGCCUUCCAAGUCGAAUGGCAUCUAGUCUCUUUGACGUGUUUGAAGCGCAAUUCUCCACCUUAAGAGACAUAGUUUAGACAAAAACUGGGUAAUGAUUAGUUAAAGAGGGAUAUUCCAUUAAUUUUAUUAAGGAAAAAGUGACAUAUUUGAGAAUUUUGUGCUUUUACUGUUGAUUAAAGGGAAUUUCGGUUUUGACCGAGUAUUAACCUUUAGUUUGGAUAAAACUUGUUGUGUACUUAUUGUCUAGUUGUGGGCUUAGUUUUGCUUUCACGCCCUUUCUGCAUGUUGAGAUUUGUCGUGAUCUUUGUUUCUUAUUUCCUAUUAUAGAUAUUUUCUUUUCUAUAACUUUUAGUAAUUACCUCAUGAUAGUGGUGACCAACCAUCAUAACAACAUGGUAGACAGAUGUGUCCAUAUUUGUUUUGAUGCAUGUUGACCAAUUUAUUUGUUUCAUGCAACACCUUGGCAUAUGCAACGUUCAACUUGCUCAUGAAAUUCGAUCACUCAUCAAGUUACGUGAAUUCUCAUUUUAGAUCCAUUUAUGAAAAGUUAAUGUAGAUGAUUAUUCUAAUAGAGCAUUGAUCAAGUUAAUGUAGACGUUUCUCGAGCCAGUCUCGUAUAUUGAUCCAUCAUUUCUAUAUUCCUCAUUCCAGUAGUGAUGGUCAGUCUUCUGCUUUUAAAUAUUCGUCUGGCCCUGUUGUUUUAAAAAACUCCGUGGAUUCAGGCAAGGAGCUGGUGAUUGUAGUUCAUGUAUUGCUGUUAUGUUGGAGCUUGCACGGGGAAUGUCUCAGUGGGCUCAUGGAUUUAAGAAUAGCAUUAUAUUUUUAUUCAAUACUGGAGAAGAGGAGGGUCUUAAUGGUGCACAUAGCUUUAUAACACAGGUAAAGAGUGUCUAAUUCUUGGUUUUCAUCUCGUUUCUAUCACCAUGAGAAGAAUGGUGGACUCUACUUGAUUAUAAUCGUUUCAGUAGCCUAUCCAUCUGGGAUUGAAUGUUCAUGCUGACAUGCUGGCUUCAUAAUUUUCGUAAAUGUAAGUAGAUGAAUAAAUGGUUGUUAUCACUGAAGCCAUUAAUUUUUUGCUCUUUCUACUUUUGAGGCCGUCCUAAUUUCCAGCUCACAGGUGACCCUAUGCAAUCAGACAACGAACUGUGAUCAAAGUUUGACUUCGUGGUUUUUCUAGUUGAAGGAUAGCAUGCUGAAACGUCAACUUCAGAAUUUUGUAAUUCAGUAAAUUACGGUUAGAAUCAGCAAAAUUCUAAUCCGGGACACUCUGAAAAGCGGUGUUCAACCUUGGAUAUUUAUUAACAGACCCACUUGGUCUCGCUUUCCUCUCUCCUUUGCCACGUCCAAACACCUUUCUUUGGUCAUUUCUGUUCACAACCCUUCUGCAACCAUUCCCCAAGUGUAGUUAUGAUUUUCAUACAAUAUUUAAUGCUUCCCAUUUCAAUGUACCAAAGAAGUAUAUAUAUUUAUUAUUUCAGUUUGGAAAGAGCCGGUCUUUUUUGCAUAUUCAUGAGGCAAUGAGGUUGGUGUGAAGAGUCAAUGAAAACUUCAGGCGGAGCCAUCCCAAGUUGACGAUGGUUACAUUGAAAUGGCUGAGUAUUGACAGUGGGAGGUUAUAUUUGCUAUCCACCCGUUUUCAGGAUUAUAAUAACAAAUGAUUAUUUGAACGAAGUUUCUUGACCGUUUUUUGAAACUGAACAUCUUAGUUAUAUAUCGAUUCUGGUUUUGAGAGCCAAAAUUAAAGUCAAAAGGACAUAGGUUUUACGGACAAAGAGCAAGUUUUUAAUUUAGUGUUGACACUAGUUUGGAAACAGAAGCUGACGGUGUGGAACAAAAAGGGCUCUUUAUCAUUGUUUUCACAUCAACCUAGAAUUGAUCUGGUGCGCAGGUUUGAAGGGAUUGAAGUGGUGGAGCAAACACCUUUCACGUCAGCAAUAUAUGACAAAGAAGAGAGAGCAUCGAUGUAGAUGAAGAGAGAGAAGAUAAAAAUUGAGGAACAAAAUUGAGGAACACAGAUUCCGUUAUGGUUUUGCUGCUCCGAUGUCGAUCUCUGCACUGAGUAGACUAUAUUGAAGGACUUACGAAUUAUAAGAGCGGAAUCGCUCUUUAUAAUGACUCUAGGGUAAAACGUCUGAACGUAGAAAAAGCCAUUAAUACUAUCAGAAAAUGUAAAAUUGGGGGGUCAACCACAUAAACUCUCACCUUAGGGCCAAUCAAACAGCAAGCUUACGGGAUGGAAAUCAGACUCUGUGUGCAAGGAGGAUAGUCUUAUUUUUAGGAAAUUUGUCCUAGAUUCUAAUUAACCGUUUGUCAUUUCCUUCCAGUGGUCAGUAACCUUCUGGAUUUUCAAUGGUUUCCGUGAAAGUUGAUAUUUGGAAGUGAAGCUAUGAUUUCUGUCAACUCUCUGUUGUGCGUCAUUCCUUUUUACAUCAAACUUCCUCCACGAUCAGUCCUGAUCUUGAGCCAAUUAACUAUGGUUAAUUUCCUUGCCAGAAGUUUUUUUUUUCUUUGGGGAGUCAAAAUAGAAAAUUUGCAUUGGAAAUAAAGUAGCAAGACACUAAAUUAGCUCUUCUGGUGCAUCGAAGUAGGUUUGUGGACACUAACUUCACAGCUGCUAAGGCUAAUGCCAUUUUCAUUACUGUACGCGUCCAAAUUAAACUUACUUUCUGGUCACAUUGUUAUUGUUUUCAUAAGGUCCCUUCAAAACCGUCUCAUUGUGGUGUUAUUGGUGUGCUUAUUGAUCAUCAGUAAAUGGAUUCGAAGUUGCCUGGGAUUGGGGACUGAUUUCUCAAUUAUGUCAUGCAGCAUCCUUGGAGAAACACAAUUCGCUUUGUUAUUGAUUUAGAGGCCAUGGGUAUUGGAGGGAAGUCUAGCAUAUUUCAAGUAUGUCCUUUCAGAGAACUUUUUAUUUGAAAAUUCUUUCGUUACUUUUAUUUGUAAUGUUUUAUUUGUCGAUUUCUUGUAUCUCAAUUAUGUCUAACAAGUUUGUUUACCUCCAAAUUCACGAACACAACAGGGUGGUACACAUGCAUGGGCUGUUGAAAGUUUCUCCAGGGUAGCAAGAUACCCUUCUGGUCACAUCAUUGCUCAGGUAGUAAUUCCAUUCAAUUUGUAUUUCUGUCAUUUAAUCCAUUUUUUUACUUAAAAGAACUAUCUUUGGUGACCUUUAUUAGGUUUAUAUUACCCAAUGAGGGAAACAUGUUCAGAAAUUUAUUCUUUUUUUCUGAAGCCGUCUCUUUAGGUACUGAGAGGUAUCAUUACCCCAAGACAAGAACAGGGCAUAUAAACUAUUUUUUUAGGAUAACAGAUACACAUGUUAGUCGUAAAACAGAAAAAAGGUACGAUGAUUUUUGUGGCAAACAGCUCUAUUUAUAAAUAAAACAAGUUCGAAUGAAUUAGCGUUUUGAGAAUUUACAUUUGGCAACUACGCUCUCUUUUUAUUAUCUAAAUAUUUCAUCCCACCGAAGACUUUAGAAAAUAAAAAGAAGACGCUACUGCUUAAAAAUAAGCUGAAGAUUUUUCUCAAAAUGAGCAGCAACAACACAUAUAGAAACAGAAAGAAUAGAACCUUUAUCUUCUAGCACAAUGCCAAUCCACAAGAGAACCAUGCCAUAAAGUAAAAGUUUUUUUCUGGGAUUAACUAUAUUUGAAAGGGAUGAAUCCUUGUCCAGAAAUUCACAAGUAGACAGAUAUGUCGACAUUCGGUCCAAUAUUUGAUGCAGUGUGACUUUUGAUGGACAUCAGUUUGUUGUAUUCUAUCAUCUACUUUCCCUUAGAUAAUUUUUUGCAUAUGUAACAGUUAUAUUCAAUUGUUCAUUGUUCUGCAGGAUCUCUUUCUUUCUGGGGUGAUAAAAUCUGCGACAGAUUUUCAAGUUUAUGUUGAAGUAGCUGGUCUCUCUGGGCUCGAUUUUGCCUAUGCAGAUAAAAGUGCUGUCUACCACACGAAGGUGCUCUCUAUUCUUUGAAUUGUAAAUACUUCGAUCCAUUUUUACAGUUCGAAAAUAAAGAACUGCUCUAUAAUAUUUCUCGUUUGCAGAAUGACAAACUUGAACUUUUAAAGCCCGGCUCGCUUCAGCAUCUUGGAGAAAACAUGCUUCCAUUCCUCCUUGAAGUUGGCAGGUCAUCAUAUCUCUCAAAAGAUAAUAAACUUGAUACGGAAAAAGGGACAGGCCCUGGGCAAACUGUUUUCUUCGAUGUUCUGGUAUGACGAUGAUAUCCUCCUUGUUCAUUUUGGUCUGCUAGUCACAAACUGCUUGCUCAGAUGAAUUCGCUAUGGCCAUAUUAUUUGCUUGUUCGGCUUCUUUGUUCGGCAGUAAUGGUUUCAGCUCUCCUACCUAUCAACCAAUAGGAGAGAAGAACAUAUAAAGAAAGCUAAGAAUUUUUGUCAUAUUAUGAAUGAACGUGUGUCUAUUUAUAUGAUUGCUGUAAUAACCUUUGAGCUGUUUUCUGUCAAUGAAGGAACAUCCUUUCAAAUGCAGUGUAAGGUAUCUUUGGUCUCUGAAACAAGAAAGAGGUUUACUGCAGUAUGCUGCAGUCAUCGAUAGCAUGCAGGGGCAUAGAAAGAAAAUAGAAGGCAUUAUAAUAACCACACGUGUAUCUUUGUUAUUGUGUUCAGAUCCUGGUUGCUGCAUUCAGAUCCCCAACAAUCAGGGCCUAAUGCUUCACUUUAGUAGAAGUACAUAGGAGGCAUUCAUUUUUAUGCUAAAUCCAAAGAAACCUUUGAUGGAGGAAUGAAACUUUUGAAACUUUAUUGUCCGAAACAUUUGAUGAGGAAUGAAGAGGAAAGUAAGAGGAAGAGAAAGAGAAGGGAACAAUGCACUGGAAACCCAAGGGUUUGCGUGCAACAAUAGAAAUAUAGCUUCCGACACCCCACCAGCCAAGCAGCAUCAUAUGAAGUUGCAAAAGGUCCGAUUCAAGAGAUUGAAUUCUGGUUUGAGUUGUUGGAUUCACUGUGCCGAACAAGUCAAUCAUCGCCCAAUAAAAGAGUAACUGAAAAUAGGAUCCUCAGCAUAAACGUAAAGAAGAUAUCGUCCACAUGUGCUCAAAGUCAUUGAACGAAGGCCUAAACCAACUUGUGGCUUACUAUGUAGUGUUUUUUUGCUUGAUGUGAGAAACUUUUGUGGUUUGAGUAUGAGUAAUGUGAAGACUCGUUUCAUGGAUGUUAUUUUCAUUGGAUCUUUCACAGACAUUUCAAAUAGCCUAGUCGCCUAAUAGAAUAUCCCAAGGAUAAUAGGUGUUAUGAACUGGCUGACAUUGACGGUGGAUAAGUUAUUCAACACGAAUAAAUCAUGCAGAAGUAUCCACUUUUUAUCUUGGCUUGCUCUGAAUUCCACUCUUUGGGUCAUUUGGUUGAGCGGAAUAAGUUGAUAUUGAAAAAAUAACGACCAUUUAGUAGAGACAGUUGCCGUCAUUAGACGCUGUAAAGUGAGGGAAUACCCGUCUAGCUUUUGCACUGAGGAAUGAAUCUAUUCCUCGGGCUUGAGAGGGUUGGAAUCCUAAGUCGAUAUAUACCUCCUCGUGAUAGAUCAUGAAAAUACUGGAUAAUCUUUUUGAGCCCUCAUUGACUAUAUACUAGCAUAUUCCUAUCUUUUUAUUUAUUUAACCCGUAUAUGGCUCAAAGAAAACAUUCGCUCCCUCCCAAAGACAUCGGUACGCUGGCCCAGUCCUGUCUAAAUGCUAAUUUUUUGAAGAGUGCUUACCAUCAUCUUUACCCAUGUCUCACCCUUUUCCAAUUUUAUGUAUUAAAUUUCAAUAAUUUCGUUUCGUCUUUCCCUUUUAUGAUGUUGUACAUCAAAUCUUGGCUUUGUAAUCCUUCAAGCUAGUCUUGUAUUUUUAAGAUAUCGGAGUUGGAAAGUCCCCAUCUCUUUCAGAAUUAACCUCAAGAUCUCUGGUUUGUUAAAUUUGUUUCUUGAACAAUUCCAAAUUCCAAGCUCUCUUGCAUACUCAUUGACAAAGAGUAAUAUUUUAUGCAUAAGGAUGGGAAAUCCUUUUUGCGGUAUCACAAAUUCUGGAAAUGAAUUAGUAUUGUUCCAGGUGUUGGCGUUGGGAUGUUCAACCUCAGUAGCUGUCGUUUAUUUGCUCAAGUGAAAGCUUUUUACGGAAUUGACGCUUAGUGGUGUACUAAUAUACUUCUGCCUACGGUGAAAAGAUUAGCACUUCAGCAAAGAUAAGAUAUCCAACAGAAGAAAUUAUCCGCAGAAAGAAAUAGAUAUAUCACAGGGGUACACUCAACGAGCAUUGAAGGAGACACCUUACUGUUGAUGGAUUCAUAGUCUAGUGCUACCAUUCAAGGAAAAGAGAAGAUUGCAUCUAUGCUAAUAACUUGUGAAUCGAGCAGCAGCUACCUGAUGAUUCUCAAUUUUUAAUGAAUAUUUCAUCACCUUUUAGCUAAGCUUCAUCCUAUUUAAGUCGUCGUGUAUGUUUGUUUAUAAAUACUUUGAUUGAGAUCUGGAAAUGUCCAUACAAAAGUACAGCAGGUAAUUUAUGUUUACUACUUAUACAGGGUAUGUACAUGGUUGUGUACAGUCGACGCUUUUCAGACCUACUUCACAAUUCAGUGAUAGUGCAGUCACUUCUUAUCUGGACUGCAUCAAUCCUGACGGGUGGUUAUCCCGCUGUUGGUGCUCUGGGACUAUCAUUUCUCAGCAUCAUUCUGAUGUGGAUUUUCUCCAUUACCUUUUCUGUUCUGGUUGCUAUUCUCCUCCCAGUCAUUUGUUCCUCUCCUGUGCCUUUUAUUGCAAACCCCUGGCUAGUUGUGGGUUUAUUCGGUGCUCCCGCCGUGCUUGGAGCACUAACUGGUCAGUGGCUAGGUUUUCUCAGCCUUCAGAAAUAUCUGCAGCAUGUUUCGUCGAAAGGGACAAGACCUUCUGAUUUGCUAGCCAACUUAGUCAGAUGGGAGUCUGAAAGGUGGCUUUUCAAAGCUGGUUUUCUUCAGUGGCUUGUUGUGCUUAUUCUAGGAAACAUCUUCAAGGCAGGAUCAUCUUUCUUGGCACUUGUUUGGCUGGUUUCGCCUGCGUUUGCAUGUAACUUCUAUCCUUCUUCAUCUGUUAUUGCCCUUGUCGGGCCAAAGUUUAGAACAAAUGAGAUUAUUGACAUCUUUCGGUCUUAUCUGCUAGAUGGCCUGAUUGAAGCGACGUUGACUCCAGUGAGAUCGCCGAAACAACUAAGAACUGUAACACUGCUUCUGGGCUCAAUUGUACCAAUGUUACUGACUUCUGGUAUGGUUAUUCGAUUUCUGGGAACGAUGAAUGGACUUCUGGUCCGACUCGACAGGUGAGUAGCAACUUUAGCUCUUGAGUGAAUGGAUUCGUGAUUAGUUCCGAUUCCCUCUCUCUACAGGGCCUCUCGAGGGGUGGAGGAAAGGGUCUAUCACUGCAGCUAGGCCUAUCACUGGCCUGACAUCCUCCAUGUUCACCGAGAUUUUCUGAUACGUGCAGGAACCCUGGUGGCACGCCCGAUUGGCUUGGAAGUGUGAUCUUCGCAGUACUCAUCUCAGCGGUGGUUUGCCUCACGUUUGUCUACUUCCUUUCCUACGUCCAUCUUUCGGGUAAUCUACUUUUUCUUUCCGUACAUUAUUCUUGCUCGGCAUGCUGCAUCUUGGUCGUUGACCUUUUUCGCUUACAUGAUCUUGCCCAGCAUUUUCCCCUUGUCCUUUUUGGUAUGGAAUGGUCCAUUUAUUUGUCAAACUAUACUCAUUUUGCUGGUUUUGGCUCCCACCCUUAUUCUGUUCUGCUGCUCCCCUCCUUGGCGUUGUGGGGCAGGCUCUAAGAAGCAUAUUGUCGUUGCACUCCUGGCUUUGCUCUGCCUAACGUUGACCGCAGUUGCGGCGGGAACCUUCUCUACGUACACGGACGACAUUGCCCGGGCGGUCAACGUAAGUUGCUCCUCUCUGUUCGUCUUUCGUUCUCUCUUGCUGUGAUGCGAGCAUAAUAAUGCCUCCAUGCUAUAUCCGGUGAAGCAAUGAGAGCAUGAAGAUGGUGCUCCAAUGAUCCCCGCCCUCAUGUCUUUCGCGCACGUCCACCAUUCCUUUCACUUCUCAGUACAUUUCGGACCGAGUUUAAUGGUGUCAAGUCUCCAUCUCUGCAAAUUCUCUGGCUCCUCAGGUUGUUCACGUCGUGGAAUCAAGUGGGGAUAACGACGGCGCCGGCGCAAACCCGGCUUCGUAUGUUUCCCUGUUCUCCAACACGCCCGGCAAACUGGAGAGGGAAAUAGAGGCCAUGAAAGGAGAGGAGUUCUCCUGCGGGAGGAGCAGGGUGCUUGAUCUCGUCACCUUCGAUGUGGAAUACGGCUGCUGGAGCUCCAAGGACAGCCGAGAGGGGUGGAGCCGUGGAGACAUCCCUCUGCUCCGGGUGGAGAGUGAUGCGGUGGCCGAUAAUGCCCGGGUGACGCGCAUCUCCAUCGACACCAGGACUUCUACCAGAUGGUCGCUUGCGAUCAACACCGAAGAGAUUGAAGAUUUCACAUUCGGAGGUGAGUGCCACAUUCUUUUUCUUCUUCUUUUUUCUGCCAGAAUGAGAGAAAAGAGAAUCAAUUCCGGACACUUUGAUCCAAAAUGCCCCGGCAGCCGGGCUAGUCCGAGAGCCCACACCACCGCGUGCGCGUUUGACCGCCGGUCAUCGCGCCAUGGUGGCUGGCUGCUGGUGGUAGCUGGAGCGCGGCCUGAUCUCGUCGGGUCUCUGCGUGCUGCGCUGCAGGAGAAUCCGAAGCUCUGGUUCCGCUGGACAAGAAGACCAGUGUGGGAGGUCGGCAUAUUAUACAGUUCUCAGGCGGCAGGGACUCGCCGACCAAGUUCGACCUGAAGCUCUUCUGGUCCAGAAAUGCCUCCGCUUCGCCCCGCACGGAGAAGGGAGGCCCUCCCCUGCUGAGACUGAGAACGGACGUCAACAGGGUGACUCCCAAGGUGGCCAGAGUUCUCCAAAAGCUGCCUUCGUGGUGUUCCCUCUUCGGCAAGUCCACUUCCCCGUAUACCUUGGCCUUCCUGACCAGCUUGCCCGUUGACUUUCAACGCGUAGGAUAA